AUGCGUUUCUCCUUGUGCGCAGCGCUUAUCUUCUCGUUUCGGAAAUGCGUGCUGGGCACGCUUACGAACCGAACGAUUGACGACGAGAACGGGGACUCAGUCACAGGCCUCCAACCAAUUUAUUUACCCUCUGACGAUUGGCACAAUGGCACAAGUUGUCCUACCUGUCUUGUGCAACCAAACAUCGCCGAGACGUUUGAGCACUCCUGGCACGCUACCACUGCAUCCCCGUCAGACCCGUCCCCUAGGAAUGUAACGCUCAUAUUCAAUGGGACUGCUAUCUGGGUAUACUGCGUCAUACCGAAUUACGUCGAGUGGGCGACAACUUUCACGAACAUCAGUUUCGAGCUUGAUGGCGACACCGUCGGGUCAUAUUCGCAUCUACCGAGUGCAUCUACAGAUAUGGCCUACAAUGUGACAGUAUAUAGCAACGCUUCUAUGGAAAACAAGGAGCACACGUUGACAAUGACGUCGAGGCGCGAUGUUAAUUCGUCAUUUCUAGUGUUCGACUGGGCGAAAUAUACAUAUGACUCCGAUCCACCGGUGACAUCGAGCACUGCUACAAGCGCUAGUAUUGGAACGACAAGCAGCGAGAAAUCUACGAAAUCUACAAAGACAAGUGCAGGAGCAUCUGUUUCCAGCACCUCAUCAUCUUCCAGCACCCCAUCAUCUUCAUCACGUAGCCCCAUUGGUGCUAUCGUCGGCGGAGUCGUCGGCGGAGUGGGCGCGCUCGUUAUCGCUGUCCUGGUCUUCCUAUAUAUACGGCGCCGUGGCGGACGCGGGGCAGACAGGAUCUGGCGAGUGGACGGCGGAAAUGCGCGGCGACACGAGAUCGACGAGAGGGAGCUAAUGGCCAAAAUAGAGCCAUACGUCAACCACCCAGUCACAACCCAGGUGGAAUUUCCGAACGUGAACGGACCAUUUGAGGACUCAGAAACGGUUAUUGAAGUUCCUCAAAGCACCCAUACCGGCCCAGCGACGAAUAUCGCCACCGUCGCCUCUUCAGCAGCACCCACGAUAGCUGCUGCGUCGAGCGCCAUCAAUGUACCGUCGAGGAUAAACAAAGGCAGGCGGACAAAAGCAGCGAUCCGUCGUGAAGAGCUGUCACGGCAAAUGCGCGACAUGGAGCAACAGGUUGCUGACUUGCAGCGCCGCCAAUCGCGUGGCGGUGGCGCGUUCCUGGAUCAGUCUAGUCGCCCAACAGCAAACCCGUUCGAGGAGGAGGUACAGGUGCAUGAUGACUCGGAAUUAAGGAGACAGAUUGAAGUCUUGCAGCUAGAGGUUGAGAGGUUGAGGGCGGAGCAGGCGGCAGCAAUGGACGAGCCUCCCCCAGCGUACUACGAGCCUGAAGAGGACUCGGAGCACUUGGCGGACCGACGGUGA